UCUUUUUUAACUUUUAUCAAAAGUCUACCUCCUAUCUUAUUUGCUGUUAUCUUCCAUAUUACUCUUCAUCUAAAAACAAACAAACAAACAAAUCAAAUCAAAAACUGUAUUAUAGAGCGAUAUCCAACCAAAGUCGCCAUCUCUUUUUAUUUUAAACCCCUUACGUAGCUGCACAAUAAAUUCGUAACUCGUCAAUCAAUCAUCACAUCACAUCACGAUGGCGUCGUCUAAACCCGGCGUUCCCCAGAACGACAACGUCGCACACGCCCUUGCCGGCGCCGGCGGCGGGAUCCUCUCCAUGGUACUGACGUACCCGCUCGUCACCCUCUCUACCCGAGCGCAGGUCGAGUCCAAGCGUGCCGAGACCAAUUUCCUAUCCGCCGUGAAGCAGAUCGUCGCGCGCGAGGGCAUCUCGGGGCUGUACGCGGGCCUUUCCAGCGCCGUGUUCGGCGUCAGCGUCACCAAUUUCGUCUACUACUACUGGUACGAGUGGACGCGCGGCGUCUUCGAGGCCGCCGCCGCCCGCGCCGGCCGCCCUUCCAAGAAGCUCACCGCUGUCGAGUCCAUCAUAGCCGGGGCCAUCGCCGGCUCCGCUACCGUCAUCCUGACUAACCCGAUCUGGGUCGUGAACACCCGCAUGACCACCCGCAAGGGCCAGCUCGAGGCGGAGGAGAAUACCGGCGGCGAGAAGAAGAAGCAACCGACCACCCUCGGCACCCUGAGCGCGCUCCUACGUGACGAGGGUCCGCAGGCCCUGUUCCGCGGCGUCGUCCCCGCUCUUGUCUUAGUUAUCAAUCCCAUCUUGCAAUACACGCUGUUUGAACAGCUAAAGAAUGCGUACGAACGGCGGCGAAAGCGCAAUGUUACUCCGACCGUGGCAUUCUUCCUAGGCGCUAUCGGCAAGUUGUUUGCCACCGUAAUCACCUACCCGUAUAUCACGGUCAAGAGUCAAAUGCAUGUUGCCGACGACGGCAAGAGGCGCGAAGGCAUGACCCAGGCCAUCCGACGGGUCAUCCAGGAAGAGGGCUAUUCCGGCUUGUAUAAGGGCAUUGGUCCCAAGAUUACACAGAGCGUCUUGACGGCUGCGUUCCUCUUCGCCUUCAAAGAUGUUCUCUACGAGCAGACAGUGAAGCUCCGGAGCUCUAUGGCUAAAAAGGCCAUCAAGGCAUAAACACCUACCUGUCUACACCCGGAAAUGAAUUUACUAUGGCUUGUAUGAGCUUCGGCCUUGACCUUGUACAUAUUGUAUCUUGUUAAAGAUGGGAGGUGCCCUUGCGCCUUGUUACUUGGCAUGAUUAGGAAAAGGUGACUUUGAUGGGCAGAUCAUGUUGGGAAAGCAACGGGGAAGGAGAAGCGAAGUGAGGAGAUAUCGUACCUGUUUCCAUGUAUCAACAAAGGGCAAUAUAUGCCCCCCAAAAGAAACCACGCA